GAGCCGACACUUCCGAACUUCUCCAGGAUCUGUGAAGGUUGAUUCACCUUCAAAGAUUUUUUUCCUAAAUCCAGGAUGGGACUUUUUGUAGGUCCUGUCGUGGCGAUAGGCCUCCUUGCUCUGUGCGUCGCCUCGUCCUUCGAGAUCCAAGAAGGAUGUAGAGUGCGAGAACGCAUAGAGGAGGAAGACUUCUUGUUUGACUCGUUGGACUUCUUGGCCGCCUUCCCUCGCAAUCAGAUGGAUCUGAAAGUACUGGUGCAGUGCGGCGAGAGAAGUGAUCUCAUCCACAUCCGUUCACAUGGCAUAUCAUGGACCAAGAAACAGAAGGGAAAGGAAACGGUAGAGGUUGCUGGCAUUCCUCCCCCAUAUAACAUCACAGGCUGGGAAAGGUUCACCCUCUCCUUGAAGGACAAAUUAUCCCUCAAGGACAAGCAGAACCACUCGUGGGCGCCAUUCGACAUUUUCUGCUCGCCCCAAACGCCCAUGUGGGUGGUCCAGGGAAAGAAGGUCGACAUUCCUCUGAACGAAGGAAUCGAGGGAGUAAGAGAGGCCCUCACGCUCUUCUCUGUGCUGCCCUUCAGCCCUACAUUCAAUAUCUGCGACGCGAGCUUCCCUUUAGGACUCCGUGACCAAAAGCUGGUGACAGGAUCCAGGCCCUUGGAAGGCUCUGCAUACAGCCUUUUCCUCAGUGUACUCCCUGACAACACGUUGAAGUACGAAACUGACAAGCUGUCGGAACUUUGCCUACAACACAAAGUAAAUAUAUUAGUGCAUUAG